UCUAAAUCUUCCAUACCAAACAAUGGAGAUGAGAGUGAUUUUCGAAAUUGAUCCGUUCGAUGGAUGUAAAGGUUGCAAGGGCAAGGUUGAAGGGACGAUCCGUGAAAUGAAACGGAGGCUUGGUGACGAUGGCGAGAUCAAGUUGUUAGCAUGGGGUGAUGAGAAGGAGAAAUUGACUGUUUUAACGACUGUAAAUCCAGAUGCGAUCGUAGCUGCUCUUAAGUGCAAAUUCAAAACCAAAAAAAUCACUUGGUCGGAAGAUGUCAGCCUUCCAGACCCACACCCACAAAACCAAAAUAAUAACCUCCCUGGACAACUGGGGCCACCGACUACUCCUCGCCCACCAGGUGGUCCAUUGCCACCACUUCCGCCACCAAUAAGGCCAACAGCCCCACAAUUCCCCACGGACCCCACGUAUGGACUAAGUGAUCCAUUGCUCUUGCCCCCGACACAAACAACGCCAACAGCCCCACCAUUCCCCACGGACCSCACRUAUGGACUAAGUGAUCCAUUGCUCUUGCCCCCGCCACAAACAAUGCCAACGGCCCCAUCAUUCUAUGACUGGACUCGUAACCCGUUUCUUUAGGACUUGAAGGAAGAGUCAUGCACCGGUAUUUUCAUUUGGUAUAAUUUAUAUGUCAUUGGUGUUGUAUGUAAUGAAGCUCGGUUCUUUUGGCUUGUUUUCGUAUCGUCCAUGUCAACAGUAAUGUGUAAUAAAAAGUGAAUUGGGGUUAGGCUUGUUAACCCUUUGUUGUGUGAUCUCUCCU